ACGAAGGCGACGACAAUGCAGUGUCCUUCCGAGGGUUCGCAGACGCGGCGCCGUGAAUCGUGCGAGAACGAACGAUUGUUCGCAAAUGUACACGUUCAAGUUCAUGUCAAGCCACCAUUGCGCCGCAAGAAACGAUGCCUCACAGUGGACGUGGACGAUGUCGCAGUGACACCAUCGGACCAAACGGAGAACGCGUGGUGGAAGGUUGAGUACACUCUUCCGCCGUCAGGGCAUCUUGGUGCUCAUCGGACGAUCCAGCCGAAGGACAAGUUCAUCGAAGCAUGUCAUCGCACUCUGUUUGAAUCGACGCACAGCGGCGUCCGGAUUCACUCGAGUGAGAUCUCAAUCGUACCUUCCCUCGACAUUUGCAAAAACAGUAGUUCGUCGACUGUCCCGACUUCGAUGCGUCCGCUGAAGAGGCGGCGGUCUUCUCGUCAACUCGAUGAUGACGAUGCCCCCACUGAGCUGCGGCCGCGGCGUCACUUCCAGCACGUGAUCGAAACCCUGGAGCAUGAAGAUUGCAACAUUCUCUUAUACACUCAUUAAUAUUUCACACUAAUUGGAAUCUUACACUAUACUGAUCACACGUUUCAGAAUUAGGUGAGGCAUGGAACCGGACGCGGCGGUGACGGCGUAUCGGGACUGGUCUGCGGCGAGCGUAUUCGGGUCAACUGAGCAAACUCCACGAAUGCAUGUUGCCCCUCCAUCGAUAUCACAGCAUCAUGCACAUCGUGCGUUGCCAGUGCAAGUCACGUCAUCUGUAAACACGUGGAAGGUUCCCCAGAGCCGGCCUACACCACCUCCCCGACGAGUUCAGCCUCAUCCGUCCCCUCGUGCUGUUCUGACACACACGACGACUCAUUCGAACGCAACUGUGACUGCAGCAGCUACCCUGAUCCAACGAAGCAUGCGAGUCGGGUUCUUUCGUCUACAAGCAGCGCGUUAUGCCGCCCAAGUCGACGGCAUGACACGAACACUGCAAGACAUGGCUGUGCGCACAUUGCAAUCAAGUUUUCGACGACAUUUGGACAAGGUGAAGCGGCAGAAGUGUCGGAAUCGACUGGAGACGUGGAUGCUUGGACGAUGUCGCCGACUUCAAUUCCUUCGUCUGAUGGACAUACGACGAAAAGAACACAAAGAAUUCAAGCAACAGUGUUCCUCUGUGGAGUGCAUGCAGAGCUGGUGGCGGCGACACCACCUGCAUCGCCACCAGUCCAUCGCGGCCACGACAAUCCAGUGUUGCGCUCGUCGACAUGCCGCACGGCAGCAGCAUCGUCUCCGUCUAAGGUAUCGCGAAGGUGCAAGGCGAACGACGGAGUGUUGGAGGUUGCAUGACCUUCACAGAGGAUUUCGACAGUUGACCAGUCACAUGGAACGAGAACGAAGACGGCGGCGGAAUUUGGCGAGUGUCACGAUUCAGCGAUUGUUUCGGGGGCAUCGGAGCCGUCGUUGGGCACAGGAGUUGCGACGGCAUCGCUUUCAGUGUUCCAAUUGCGGGCUUGUUGAGCCUGGUGGGUUCUACUGCAAGGGAUGCGGUCGCCCAAAGGGCAAACGGAGCAAGUCUCGCAAGAAUGUGGCUUACCCACCGCCGGAAACCACGGUCAGUCCACGGAUGAGCUUGGCGCCGAUGACUGGACUCACUUUACCCAACGUUCCCCCCGUGCUUUCGUUUCGAUCAACAUCAAUCGCACGUGCAAAGUCGCGCGUAGCGGAUAGCGCCAUGCAUCGUGCAGCGACUAUCGACAUCAAGGAACACCUUCGCGGCGAGAAGGCGGCGCGCAUGAUGCUGACACGUCUACAACGGAGCAAUCAGUACUUACAUCAGACGAGUUCACCUGGGAAACCCACCAUGGGGCGAUGACAAUCCGGGAAUAUGAAAUGUGUUCAAAUACGUGCAAAAACACACAGAAAUUAUGUGAUUUCGU